AUGAAUUGGAGGGUAAAUAAAUGUGGUUGCUUAUUUUCUGUGUUAUGGGCAUCUGUAUUUCGCACUUCAGAAUUUGACACUCCUUUACGCAGGUAA